AUGGCCUUCUGCUCCUCUCCUUUGACGAGAAAGCAGCCACGUGCGGUGACAACACGGACAUAUUCACCUGUCUUCACAGUUCUUGCUUCCCUACUGUUUUCUUCAGUACUCGGACAACUGGACUUUAACCGACUGGAUGGGGACACUGUGUGCCCACCCAUGAGAAGUGGACAGGAUGAUCUACCAGGUUUCGAUUUAAUAACCCAAUUCCAACUGGAUGUCAUCCCACUGAAAGGAGUGAGGAAGGUGGACGGCUCGACUCCCCUCCAGGUGGCCUACCGCCUCGACCGGGAGGCCAACUUCCAAAUUCCAACCAUGCUUAACUUUCCUCGCGGUUUCCCCGAUGAGUACUCCUUCAUGGUGACGUUCCGCAUGAUCAAGAACACAGUGAGCAAAGUGUGGAACGUUUGGCAAAUAGUGGACGAGGACGGCCGCAAACAAGCAGGGAUGAGAUUAAACGGUGACCAGCAAUCUCUGGAGUACUUCCUAACCAGCCCCGAUGGCAACCUACAAACCGUCACCUUUCCCGGCCUGUCCGUGCUCUUCAACACGAAGUGGCACAAGGUGAUGAUCGGCGUGGAGCGCGACAUGGUCACGCUCUACGUGGACUGCCAGCCUGUGGACCAGAAGCCCAUCAAGGGCAAGGGGCCCAUUAACACUGAGGGAGACACUCUCAUAGGCCGGUUGGAUGCAGAUCCCGGGGCAUCCGUAGUGUUUGAGCUCCAGUGGAUGCUGAUUCACUGCGACCCAAAGAGAGCCCAGCGAGAGAGCUGCAAUGAGCUGCCUGCCACCGAGAUGUUUGCCAAUGCUGAGCCUGACAGAUCAAUCCCAGGCCCCCCUGGAGCCACUGGCCCUGAGGGUCCUCGUGGGCCUGCAGGGGAAGAUGGCAGAGAUGGACGAGAUGGACUUCCAGGGUCUCCCGGCAGCCCAGGUCCGACUGGCAGCAAAGGCGAGCAGGGGGAAAUUGGACUUCCUGGGCAGCGAGGUCUACAGGGUCUUUCAGGACCGCCUGGUUCUCCUGGCCCAAUGGGUCCCAGAGGGCCAGUGGGUGAAAGAGGUCUUCCUGGCUUUCCUGGGCCUCCAGGUCCUUCUGGCCCAGCAACUGAAGGACCUGCUGGACCACCAGGAAAACCAGGAAUUCCGGGGGAUGAAGGAAAUAUCGGGCCUGAGGGCGCACCAGGACCCAAAGGGGACAGUGGAAAGCCAGGACCUCCCGGGCUUCCAGGACCUCCUGGUCCAGUGGGGCCUCCUGGUGCCAGUGGUGAGGGAAGUGGGGAAGCUUGUCCUGCAGCCUGCCCUGCUGGGCCCCAGGGAUUGGCUGGGCUACCAGGCAUGAAGGGACACAAGGGUAUGCCUGGUGAAAAUGGAAAAGAUGGUAUACCUGGAGAAAAGGGAGAUUCAGGACCUGAAGGUCCUCAAGGAACUCCAGGACGCAUGGGAGAUGAUGGUCAAAGAGGACCUAUUGGAUUACCCGGUUCAAGUGGAGAAAAAGGAGAUAAAGGUCCGCCAGGUUUCAAUGGCAUGCCUGGACCCACCGGCCCACCCGGAGCUCCUGGUGUGGAAGGGCUGCGGGGACGUCAAGGUUUGGAGGGACCCAAAGGUGAUGAAGGCGCAAUAGGACCUCAGGGGGAGCAGGGCAUUCAGGGAGAAAAAGGAGAUGUUGGAGCGUCAGGCAAAGAUGGAAUAAAUGGAAUUCCUGGAGUUGAUGGUGCUAAGGGAGAACCUGGUCCCUCUGGAACAGUCGGUGUCAGAGGAGUUGUGGGUAUUCCUGGUCUUCCGGGCAAGCAGGGAGUAAUUGGACCUCGUGGUGAAAAGGGUGAUAACGGUGCUGAGGGACUUCCAGGGCCUAUUGGACUUCCCGGAAAAACUGGUGAGGCUGGAAUACCUGGAGAAGAUGGAAAACCAGGAGACAAAGGGUCAACUGGUGAAACUGGGAAACAAGGGCCAGUUGGGCCUGCAGGGCCGCCAGGCAUUGAGGGUGAAAAGGGAGAAAAGGGCAGCACUGGGGGGAAAGGAAUGAAAGGUCACACUGGGCACAAGGGAGAUCAGGGACCAAUGGGACCAGAAGGACCAAAGGGAAGUUUGGGUAAUACAGGUGUUCCUGGAGAUCCUGGUGUCAAGGGAGACCAGGGCCCACCUGGUAUUCCUGGAGUUAGAGGAGAGCAUGGAUCAAAAGGCAUGAGAGGAGCAACCGGAGCUGAAGGAAGACCAGGUCAACCGGGACAUGAAGGUUUGGCCGGUCCAAUGGGUGCCCGAGGUUUGGAAGGAGAGCCAGGAUUACCUGGAGCACCGGGUCCCAGAGGUCUACCUGGCCCAAAAGUGAGUGAUGAAAAGCUUCGGGAAAUGUGUUCAGCUGUUGUUGAAGAACAAUUAGAAGAAUUCAUGAAAGAUUUCCUGAAAAGGCCUGCUGCCCUAGGAGCCCCUGGUGUACCAGGAGUAGCUGGGCCACCUGGCCCUGCUGGAGCAGAUGGAGCACCAGGAAUUCCAGGAGCUCAAGGGCCGAUGGGUGCUAAAGGCCAUCCUGGUUUCUUUGGGAUGCCGGGAGCACCUGGAAAGAAAGGUGAUCCUGGAUCGAAGGGUGAUAAAGGCGAUAAGGGUGAGGAUGGUGUUGGAAUCAAAGGAAGUGCAGGACUACCAGGUGCACCAGGUGUCCCGGGUGCUCCUGGCAUCGGCAAGGAUGGCAAGGACGGAGAACGUGGUGAACAAGGAAGCCCCGGUAUCCCUGGCACAGCUGGCCUAAAGGGUCCCCCUGGUCCACCAGGUCUUUGUGAUCCAUCAACCUGUAUAAGCCGAAAUCCACCACCACUCUUUAUGUACAGCGGAAAGAAGUCGUCAGUUUACAAAAAAAAGUGA